AUGGAUGGUACUUGGGUCCUUAUUUUGCUGGCCUUAGUUAUGCUAGUUGGUUCAUAUGUCGCUGGAAGUAUUCCUCUAAACGUAAAUAUGUCUGAGGAUAAACUUCUAAAAGUGACAGUUUUCGGUGCAGGCCUAUUAGUAGGUACGGCCUUAGCUGUGAUAAUACCAGAAGGAGUGAGAGCAUUGUUCUCCGAAAGAACAGUGAUGGUUACUAAAGAUUAUACUCCUGAACCGAGUCGACAAGAUGAUUUACAUUCAGUUAUAGGAAUAUCUUUAGUUUUAGGAUUCGUAUUUAUGUUAUUAGUAGAUCAAUUGUCAUCCAGAUACAAUGAUGCGGGCAAUCCUACGGAAAAGAAUAUUACUGCUACUGUCGGUCUAGUAGUGCACGCUGCCGCUGAUGGAAUAGCGCUAGGUGCGGCGGCGACGACGUCUCACGCAGACGUUGAGAUUAUAGUGUUCCUAGCUAUAAUGCUUCACAAAGCUCCUGCAGCCUUUGGUUUAGUCACUUUUCUAAUGCACGCCGGCUUAGAAAGGAAUAGAAUAAGGAAACAUCUAUUAAUCUUUUCUUGUUCCGCUCCUUUACUCGCUUUACUUACUUACUUUGGUAUUGGUAAUGAAAGUAAACAAACGUUAAGCGAUUUUAAUGCAACUGGUAUUGCCAUGUUGUUUUCAGCUGGCACAUUUUUGUAUGUGGCAACUGUUCACGUCUUGCCAGAACUCACACACUCACAUUCACACACUCAUACUCUAUUACCUAUGCAAGAUGGCGUCCCAAAUAAAAAAGGUUUUGGUGGGUUGCCAUUAUGCGAAGUUAUUAUACUUGCUAUUGGUGCAAUGAUGCCAGUUUUAUUGACUAUGGGACACGAACAU